AUGGUUGAAGACGACGCAAGUAGCGGGCCAAUUCCAAGCCGCGCCAUUUGCCCUCCGUCACCUGUCUCAACCAAUUCAGCCAUCACCGUGGGCACAUCCCAAGACGCGGUCCGCAUCAAAAGUAUGGAGCAAGGCGAAUAUAUCCCCGAUGAUGACAGUUGGGACGACACGCGUAGUCUCACCGAAAGCAUUCGUCAGCACAUUAUCGACGGAGGCUUACGCUACCAUGCGUAUCACGCUGGGCAAUAUGCCUUCCCCAACGACGAGACAGAACAGUACCGUGACGACCUCAAGCACAAUCUGACCAUCCACCUUUGCGAGGGCUCCUAUUAUUAUGCCCCUAUCCAUGAGCGGCUGCAACAGCCAGGUGCUGAAGUUCUCGAUUUAGUGGCUGACAUGUAUCCAAAUGCGACAUUUCACGGAAUGGAUCUUUCGCCUAUCCAGCCUGAUUGGGUCCCAGAGAACGUGCUCUUCGUUGUCGACGAUAUCGAACAUGAAGCUGGAUGGACGUAUCCCGAAAAUUCUUUUGAUUAUAUUCAUAUUCGCCACACCGUCCACUCAAUAAGAAACCGAGCUGAAUUGUGGGAUCGAGUUUAUAAACACCUGAAACCCGGUGGUUAUGUCGAGGUUCAAGAGUUCCAAUACGCUGCUGCCUGCGACGACGAUUCGUGUAACGAGCCAUACGCCUGGCGUGACUUCUUGCGAUACUUGACGGAUGGCCUCGCCGUCCUCGGUUCAAAUCUCCAUGGCAUCCUAAACGUUCAGAGCGAGCUUGCUGCUGCUGGUUUUCAAGAUCUACACCGGUUGGAUCUGAAAUGUCCCAAUGGCCCGUGGCCAAAGUCAAGACGGCUCCAAGAAUGCGGCCACAUCCUCCGGGAUGUCAUCUUAUGGGGCCUCGUUGGACUGGCCAGACGGCCACUUCAUCAUGGGCUUGGAUGGACGCCCAUUCAGAUUGAGAUGUUCCUCGUCGAAGUCCGAAAGUCUGUCAUUGCAGAGCGUAAUGGCUUACCAAAGUUCCAUUCAUACUUUCCUUUCCAUAACAUAUACGGUCGAAAACCCCUGGACGCUGCUUGA